AUUCGUGUGUUCGUUACUCAAUGUGUUAUCUCUGCCUUUAAUAGCGAUGAAAUCGGAAACAGGCGAAUUGCUCAUGUGAUCUCAUAUAUCAUCCGAAACUUUUGUCAUCAUUUAAUUGCUGGUUCUUGACGAGAAUGGAAAAGACGGUCACGGUGGAAACAACGGCAAAUGUGACAAUCGGAGAACUCACAUCUAGCGUGGACCCUACCACAACUAAGGUCCAUGCAUCUAGCAUGUCAACGAGUUCGGAACCUGAAAUGAAGAGUGACGUUUGGAAAGCGAGGAAUGACGGAUGGAAUGUUACAGCUGACGCAUGGGACAAUACGACUGACGCAUGGUAUGUGACGACUGAGGCAUGGAACGGCACGAUUGACGCAUGGAGCGGUACAACGGAAUGGACAUUCAAUAAUAAUGGUACCCUGACAUCGAGGUCGUCCUCUGAAGAAUGGGUGUGGUCCCCUGUUUCCUGGCCAUGGUGGCAGAUCGUGCAGUUUAUCCUAGCCGUCGUGGGCAUCAUUGGAAACUUUCUGGUGAUGCUUAUCCUCUUUCGUCAAAAACGUCACAGUUACUCCACCGACACCCUGAUCGCCGCCCUGGCCGCCGCCGACUUCACGACGUCGAUCUCAAUCCUACCGCAUCCGCGCGCGACGACGCUCCCGGAUACGCCGACAGGCCAGGUCUACUGCCGGAUUAUCCAUUCAUCCGUGAUCAUGUGGAUAUCAAUCUGCGCGUCCAUUUUCACCCUGACGACGAUCUCGGUUGAGAGGCUGCUUGCGAUACGGUAUCCGUUCACAUUUCAGCGCAUGUUUACACCGCGACGCAGCGUCCUCGUAAUCGUCGUCAUCUGGCUCGUUGCCGUCGCCAUCAACUCGUACAGUUUAUACAUCCACUUCGUCCAGGACGGGACGUGCGUUACCAUAUUCCCCACGGCGCUGUUCCAAAAGAUCAUCGGUGUGACGUUAUUUCUUGUGGAAUACGUCAUCCCCGUCAUCAUCAUGCUGACCGCACACGCGUUGACGAUCCACAGCCUUCGCCAGCGCGCGAGCCCGGUGACCGUCGGCCAGGAGCGACAGAAGCACGCGCUGAAGCUGAUGAAGGCACGACAUCGCGUCCUCCAAAUGCUCUUUAUCGUUGUUAUCACCUUCAUUAUCUGCUGGACUCCUGAUCAGUUCGGCUUUCUGGUGUUCAACCUCGGCGUCGUUGACUUCACCCAUCUCUUUAGUCCACUCUACCGCGCCUUCGUUGUCCUAGCCUUUGCAAACUCUUGCCUCAAUCCUAUCAUCUACGCCUCUAGGAACCUGAGGUUCAGGAAAGCCCUUGGAGAUCUCUUUAAAGGCGUCUGCACACCUAGUGGACAGUCAGUCUUUGCAGGCUUUGAAGACGAUGAUGACAGCAAGGAAAUGAAUACAGGCGCUACAGAUGUACCAACCAAUGACCAAUCUCAGGUUUAAGCUGCUCAAAAUGAUCAAUUAGCACAAUUGCAAAGACUUCCGAAAAUAAAUUUAACUCAUUUUGUUGGGGGGGGGGAAAUAAAAA